AUGGCCAAUACAAACCCACCCCAAUCUGCAUGCAGAUUGUCCACCCGCAUCUCAAUCCGAUGGCUCCCUGAGCCCCCUCAAGAAACCACAGAUACAAUCGUCAUGUCCGUGAAGGACUGGUAUCUGGAUCUUCGAAUGGAAAAGGAGACCGGGAAUAUCGACUGGGCACUCGCAGGGCAACGGAUUGUCGAGAGUCAAGAACCGCUGCGGGUCUCAUUUUCUCAUGAGCUUGACUCCCAGAACUCUUUCGAGAGUGCUGACUGUGGCACUUUUGUGUCCUUACCUAAUGGGGAUGAUCUGGAAACUGGGAUCAUGCCCCGUCCCGGUGUUCCCGGGUCACCCGAUACUGAGUACGAGGAGGUGUGGCGGGAGCUGCCAUUUAAAAUUGGUCCUGAAGGUCCUGCGAGAGGUCUUUCUUGGGUUCUUGAGUCGGAUGAUGGGAUUGUCCAGACGGGAGGCGAGCUCCCCGUUACUAAGACGUUCCUCGGUCGCAUUUGGGGAACAUAUUUAGCAUUGCGACAGGUUCAGACGCAUUCAAGGGAGGAGGAUUCGGAGGGAAACCUCGUCGCCAAGAAGUCGGGCUUGGAUGUUAGUGCUCGGAGAGAAGAAUGGGAUUCUGAAUGGAAAGAGAAGUAUACAGUCGGUGCGUCGGUGGGUGAUCUGCCUUCAAUAGUGGCUGGGUUUGAAGAAGAUCAAAACCGUUGGAGGGUUGGUGAAAAGGUUGAGGUGCAGGGACAGACAUAUGUGGUUCGAGCCUUUGAAGAGAUCUCAUGA